AGAGUGAAAAAACAAACAAACAGCGAACGUGGAACCGGCGCCCCUCGGCCUAUAUUUAUGCGAACGGUCCUAUCUGGGCAGUAAACUGGAAAAAGGAUCGCACUUCACUCCACAGAAUCAGAGCUGGGCUUGCAGUCGGCAACUAUCGAAAUCGAUUAGGGUUUCUUUGGAGGGAAAAUGUCUCAGCCGGGGAAGUUGAUGCCAAAUCUGGAUCAGCAGAGCACUAAGGUGCUCAAUCUCACCGUGCUUCAGCGAAUGGAUCCUUUCAUCGAAGAGAUUCUGAUCACCGCCGCUCACGUCACUUUCUACGAGUUUAACAUCGAUAGCAGUCAGUGGGGCCGCAAGGAUGUCGAAGGAUCUCUGUUUGUAGUUAAGAGGAAUACUCAGCCUCGGUUCCAGUUCAUCGUGAUGAAUCGGCGAAACACAGAUAACCUGGUGGAGAAUCUGCUGGGAGAUUUUGAGUAUGAAAUUCAGGUUCCGUAUCUGCUGUAUCGUAAUGCAUCUCAAGAGGUUAAUGGGAUCUGGUUCUACAACCCGCGUGAAUGUGAAGAUGUUGCUAAUCUGUUUACUAGGAUACUCAAUGCAUACUCAAAGGUUCCUGCAAAACCUAAGGUGUCAAGCAAAACCUGUUUUAGCGAGUUUGAGGAGCUUGAAGCAGUUCCAAACAUAUCAGUGAUUGAGGGACCUCUGGAGCCGUCCUCAACUGCCAUUGUUGCAACUGAGGCUCCGGAAGACGUUUCAUUUGAGAACUUCUUUAGCGCAGCAGCAAAUAUUGGAAACUCUGCUCCCAUUAUGGCAAACUCAAGACAAAACUACCAUUCUUCUACAGCCCCAUUGAUUGCCAAUGCGAAUGUUGCUGUCACAUCCGCUUCACUGGCCCCCCAAAUGCUGCCCCUAUCUCUUUCCUCCAUCUCAAGUUCAAAGCCUGUCCAUGGCAUCCCUGAUUCAAUCAGCUCCAGUGACCGAGUCGCUAGUCUUGUGAAGCCCUCUUUAUUUUCUGUGCUACCUUCUACUUCAUCCUCACUGAUGGUACCACCAUCAGUCUCUUCAUCAUCUCUCCCUCCUGCUGUUGCUGCAAAUCCACCCAUAAACAUGCAACAACGACCAUAUGGUACCCCAAUGCUUCAACCUUUCCCCCCUCCUAACCCACCUCCAUCUCUUACUCCUACUGCUGCAGCUACACCUCUAAUCAACCGAGACAAAGUCCGUGAUGCCCUGCUGAAGCUUGUGCAGGACGAUCAAUUCAUAGACAUGUUUUAUCAAGCAUUGACCAAGGUCCAUCAUACAUGAACAUGAAGUAGCAAUGGAAGACGAGCGUGGAGUGGUGGCCGGCAGAGCAAGAAGCUUUCCCGUUUGGCGGAUCUUCCAUUCGCAGUAAAGGACGUGGGUUGUAACAUUUGGUCGUCUGUACAGGCCUUAGUUGUUAGAGCAGAGGGUGAUCGAUAGCAGUUUAACUUUGUGCAGGACAGAUACCAGCUAGCCUCCGAACAUAAGUGGUGAAAAAAGUCUGGAUUAGAAAAAAAAACAUGUUGUAAAAGUCUGUGGAAUUUCAUCAUGCGAGACCAACUUUUCGUUCUUGCUCUUGGAUGUUUACUUCAACUUGUCGUCAUUUUUUGUCUGUCUUUGUGAAAUUGCAGGCUCAUAGACU